AUGGGUAACGAGAACUCGCAUUCGCCCUGGAAGCAGCCAGCCCUGGCCGACAUCGUCAGGUAUGGCAGCAGCGCCAAGGGCCGGUACGACAACUGCCCACAGACCGUGCAGCAGGCCAAGCUGGCCUCCGAGCUAUCGAAGAAAGCCAUGCAGAAGGUGCACAAGCGCAUUGUGACCGAGUACCCGUACCUGAGUUCGGUUCAGGAGUCGAUGGUGGUCUGCGAUAACCGGCUGCAGGACUGUCCCAUCGUCUACGUCAACGACGAGUUCGAAAAGCUCACGUACACCAACAAGGAGACGGUGAAGAAGAUCCGCCACGCCGUCGACAACGGUCUUCCGCUGGACAUCGAACUCUUCAACUAUCGCAAAGAUGGCACAGGCUUCUGGAACAAUUUCCUGCUGUUGCCGGUGCACAAGUCCAAGGGCUCGAAGGUGGUGACGCACUUCAUCGCCAUCCAGAAGGAUAUCUCGGUCGUGAAGAAGGACACCAACGCACAGCAGUGGACCCCGCCCGAGUGCGCCAUAUGGUUCGACUACCUGCACCAGAGCAAGUACGCGGACCUGAUGGUCGAGAACGACAUCGACGGCAAGACCCUGCUGAGCUUGAACGACGAGGACUUGGCCAACCUGGGCGUGGACGACGAAAAAGACAGAGACGUGCUGCUCAAUCACUUGGGCAAGCUGCAAAAGGCCCCCGAGACGGCGUACCAGCUCAUGGAGAAGUCGGCCGACACGAGCGGCCCGUACGACGGGAUCGUGGAGGACGUGUGCCUGGCCGCCCCGCAGAACCAAAAGAUCUGGCGCAAGGAGGGACAGACGGACACCAAGAUGGCCGUCAAGUGUUACUACAGGGACGAAAUCGUUAUCUUCCGAGGGGAGGCAAUCCGAUACGCACAGAUAAACAAGCUCAUCGAGAACACUUGGCACACUCCUAUGAAGCUCAAGCACAUCAACACUGACGAGGAGAAGAAGUGGAUCAGAAACGCGACAGAUUGGAAGAAGGCGGUCAAAGAGAGCAAUGGCAACGUUCGAGUGCACCUCAGCAAGAGGAUGAAGGACAUACCCGAGCACGCGACGAAGGGCUUCGAUUGUCUGUCUGUGGUGGUUGUCCUUGCCGACUGGGACGGCGUCGUGCUGUUCGCCAACAAGGCCGUCAAGACCGCGCUGGGAAAGGACCGCGAAGUAUUCCUGCACCGGCCGAGCGCUGAUCUCUUCCCCGGCAUCGAGCUCAGUGUCUCAGGCGAGUGGAAGCAGCUCGAAGCCCUGGGCAAGAAGAAGAGGAAGAUCGCCCUGCGCUACACGGUCUCCAUGUACGACGAGAUGACGUACCUGAUCCAGGCCGUUCCGCACAGCGAGUGA